AUGGAGACGGGCCCGGCGCCCCUGGUGGCCCCGCCGCGCCGUCAUGGCUCGCCCGCCGCCCCCGCCGCGCCCUCGCCGCCUCCCCGCGGCUCCCGGGCCGGGCCCGUCGUCCUGGUGGCGCCGGGCCCGCCCGUGACCACGGCCACCUCGGUGCCCGUCACCCUGGUGGCCCCCGGGGAGGCGCUGCCCGCCUGCGUCCCCGUGCCGGCCCACUCCCCGGACCCGGCGGCCCCGGCCACGGCCAGCGCAUCGGGGCCGCCCGCCCCAGGGGCUCCUCCCGAAGCCCCGAUGGCGCAGGCCGGCCCCAGCCCGGAGCCCCGGGGGCCCGCGGCCGUGGCGGGAGCCGAUCGCGCCCGAGGCAUGGACUCCCCGAAGACGACGGAGCCCCGGACCUCCCCCUCCUCCUCCUCGUCCGCUCCUGCGCCGGGCACCCCGGCCGGGACCCCCACCCGGACCCCUUCCCGAACGGCGCCGCCCGGGCCCCUGACGGCCAAGCCCCCGCUCGCCCCCAAGCCGGCCACGGCGGCCUCGGCGGGCUCCGGAGCUGGAGCGGCCGCGCGGGUGGCCCCAGUGACAGCGGGACAGGUGACAGGUGGGCCCGGACCUGCGUCCGCAGCAGCAGCAGCAGCGGCAUCGGCUUCGGCUUCGGCAGGACAGGCGCCCUCGGACCCCGCGGGGGCAGGCCCCGGCCCCCCAGGGACCUGUGAGCCUCCGGUAGCGGUGGUGACGGUGACCCCAGCCUCGGAACCCGCCGAAAAUGCCCAGGACCUGGGCUCCACGUCCAGCCUGGGGCCUGGUAUCUCCGGGCCUCGCGGGCAGGCCCCGGACACUCUGAGUUACUUGGACUCGGUGAGCCUCAUGUCGGGGACCUUGGAGUCGCUGGCCGAUGAUGUGAGCUCCAUGGGCUCAGACUCGGAGAUCAACGGGCUGGCUCUGCGCAAGACGGACAAGUACGGCUUCCUUGGGGGCAGUCAGUAUUCAGGCAGCCUAGAGAGCUCUAUUCCUGUGGAUGUGGCUCGGCAGCGGGAGCUCAAAUGGCUGGAGAUGUUCAGUAACUGGGAUAAGUGGCUCUCACGACGUUUCCAGAAGGUGAAGUUACGAUGUCGGAAGGGAAUCCCCUCCUCCCUCAGAGCCAAGGCCUGGCAGUAUCUGUCCAAUAGCAAGGAACUUCUGGAGCAAAACCCGGGCAAGUUUGAGGAACUGGAACGAGCUCCUGGAGACCCCAAGUGGCUAGAUGUGAUUGAGAAGGACUUGCACCGCCAGUUCCCUUUCCAUGAGAUGUUUGCGGCUCGAGGGGGACACGGGCAACAGGACCUGUACCGAAUCCUGAAGGCCUACACUAUCUACCGACCCGAUGAGGGCUACUGCCAGGCGCAGGCCCCUGUGGCUGCAGUACUGCUCAUGCACAUGCCUGCUGAGCAAGCCUUUUGGUGCCUGGUGCAGAUCUGUGACAAGUACCUCCCCGGUUACUACAGUGCAGGGCUGGAGGCCAUUCAGUUGGACGGAGAAAUUUUUUUUGCACUGCUGCGCCGAGCCUCCCCACUGGCACAUCGGCAUUUGCGACGACAGCGGAUUGACCCGGUGCUCUACAUGACAGAGUGGUUCAUGUGCAUCUUCGCUCGCACCCUGCCCUGGGCCUCAGUGCUUCGUGUCUGGGACAUGUUCUUCUGUGAAGGUGUGAAGAUCAUCUUUCGGGUUGCCUUGGUACUGCUGCGGCACACGCUGGGCUCUGUGGACAAGCUUCGUGCCUGCCAAGGCAUGUAUGAAACCAUGGAGCAGUUACGCAAUCUACCCCAGCAGUGUAUGCAGGAGGACUUCCUGGUGCAUGAGGUGACUAACCUUCCAGUAACAGAAGCACUGAUUGAGCGAGAGAAUACAGCCCAGCUCAAGAAGUGGCGAGAAACUCGGGGGGAGCUACAGUAUCGGCCAUCACGGCGACUACAUGGCUCCCGGGCCAUCCAUGAGGAACGGCGGCGGCAGCAGCCACCCCUGGGUCCCUCUUCCAGCCUCCUCAGCCUCCCAGGCCUCAAGAGUCGAGGCUCCAGAGCAGCUGGUGGGGGCCCCUCCCCACCCCUUCCUGUUCGAAGGGCCAGUGCUGGGCCUGUCCCAGGGCCUGUGGUCACCGCUGAGGGACUGCAUCCAUCUCUUCCUUCACCUACUGGCAAUAGCACUCCAUUAGGUUCCAGCAAGGAAAUCCGGAAGCUGGAGAAGGAACGGCAGAAACAGGAAAAGGAACGUGAGAAGGAGCGGCAGAAACAGGAGAAAGAACGGGAGAAACAGGAGAAGGAGAGGCACAAGUGGGAAAAAGAGCAGGAGAAGGAGCAGCAGAAGCAGGAAAAGGAGCGGCAGAAGCAGGAGAAAAAGGCUCAAGGCAGGAAGCUUUCACUUCGUCGGAAGGCAGAUGGGCCCCCAGCACCCACAGAGGGUGGGGACAGGGCUUCAGCAUCUGAGACCCGGCAGGAUGCUUACUUCUAACCUGCACUGGGGCUGGACUGCAUGGCCCUUCUUUUCCCUUGGCCAACAGCAGGCCUAGCCAGGGCUGUUGCCCCAGCCCCUUCAGCAGGCCGCCCCUUUCCAAAGAAAGUGGUUUAACUUCCAUCUCCUUGCCUGCCAACACUGAGUGCAUGGGGUGGUUGCAUUUCCCUGGGGCAGUGGGAACACAGCAGGGGUCUGUCACUCCUGUCCCAAUUCCUCCUGGGGUCCUUCCCCAGGCACUGUCCUGAUUGGCCUUUCAUCACCAUAGAGAUGACUUGGCCCUGGCAGCAGCUCUUUCAGAUUCGUACACUCCAGUCACUCCUUGGCUGUGAGCCCAGGUUCUCAUUCUACUUCUGGACAUCAAUGUGUUGUAAUUAUGUACAGAGGACCUGCCUGGCCCCAGUGUGGGGUGGGGGGACUCUUAACUUCUGUCCUGUGGUUCUCCUUCCACAGUGUUCUUACCUAGUUUAUUUAAGGGGACAUGCACUGGAACAGGAACUGUCCCCCACUUCCCCAUACACCGUCCUCGCUCUUUUCCCUAUCUGCCCGUUCUCUGUAUUCUCAGGCUUCUCCUGCUUUGUCUCACCAGCAACCUGUGCCCUCGCCACCCUCCUCCAGCCCCUCUCUGGGCUUGAGCUACAGGGGUUGAACCCAAUGUUUACAUUCUCUUCUGUCUCUGCUCCCCACCCCUUGCGGCGCUUUGAGGAACCAGAACUAGAAAAAAACCUGCUGUUAUACCUGG